AUGUCGCAAAUGAAAGGGCUUGUCCAAUUUAUUACGGACAUUCGGAAUGCUAAGGAACAGGAACAGGAACAUAAACGUGUUCAAUCCGAACUAGUUCAUAUCCAGAAACAGUUCCAGCAAUCCAACUUGUCCGGAUACCAUCGCAAGAAAUACAUUUGUAAGUUGUUGUACAUUUAUCUGAUGGGACACGAUUUGUCGUUCGGGAUGUCCGAGUCGAUUGCUCUUGCUGGAUCCAAGGUGUAUUCGGAAAAAUGCAUUGGAUAUUUGGCCUUGUCGAUAUUUCUCCAAACACAGUCGCACAACAUGGAUGUGGUGUUUGAUCUUGUUCAUUCGGACCUUUCCCAGCAACGAGAAGAUUUCAUUUGUCUGGGAUUGCAAUUUUUGUCUGCCGUUGCUGAAUCAGAUAUUCAUAGUCAGCGAUUCGAGACCGAGGUGUUUUCAUUGAUCAGAUCGCCGGUUUCUUCCCCGUUGGUUCGCAAAAAGGCCGUCUUGACGCUGCUCCAGCUGUUCAAGGUGGAUCCGCUUCUCAUCACCAGAAACCCGACUUUCGCAACGCGAAUCGUCCCGCUGAUCAACGACCCGGAUUUCGGAGUCAGCGUGGCGUCUGUUUCGUUGGUCCAGCAUAUCGCCAAACUCGCUCCGGAACUGUGCACGAAUUGCAUCACGUUGGUGGUUGAGAAACUGCACAAGGUGGUCGUCCAGGGCGAGUGUCCCGAAAACCAGAAAUACUACGGAGUGCCGGCUCCAUGGCUCACCGUGAAGCUCUUCCAGCUGCUGGAAACGCUGGUUCCAGAUAUCGACGUUGUUCCCGUUGAUAAUGCAAACAUGAAACUGAUCAAGACCAUUCUCCAACGCGCAAUCUCCACAGCAAUCUCUCAACGACAAUCAUUGUCGCUCGAGGCAAGACAUACAAGAGACUUUAUCUUAUUCGGGGCCAUCUCGCUGGCUGCCCAUGUUGACCCGUCUCCAGACCAGCUGAGCACGGCCGUUGAUGCCUUGUGCCAGCUUCUGGAGUCGCCAGAAACAAAUAUCAGAUACCUGGCUUUGGGAGCGUUGGGAAAACUGGCCACCAGAAACGAAUCAGAAGUGCUGGACACUCUUGAUCGUCAUAAUGAGCAGAUCUUCUCGCUGCUCCGGGACAGAGACGUUUCCGUGAGACGACUGUCUCUGGACCUGAUCUACAUAGUCUCGAGUCCACAGAACGUCGAAGACACAUGUUCACGGCUGCUGGAAUACCUGUCAGUGGCCGAGUUUGUGAUGAAGUCGGAGGUUGCAGUGAAAAUAGCUGUUUUGGCAGAAAAACAUGCAACCGACGCAAAUUGGUAUGUGACCACCAUGAUGCGACUGAUUUCUGUGGCAGGCAACUACUUGGACGAAGAGGUCCGUCAAAGACUUAUCCAGAUCGUGGUCAACAAUGACUCGAUCCAGCCAACCGCUUGCCGACUGUGCUACGCCUCGCUCAAAAACGGGAGCUUCCCCGAGUCCAUGGUCAAGGUUGCAGGUUUUCUGCUUGGAGAAUUUGGUCAUAAACUGGACGUUCCGCUAGAACAGCAGUUUGACCUGCUGUAUGGAUACUAUCCACAAGGAAGUGUUCCUGCACGGUGCAUUUUGUUAUCGAGUUUCUUGAAAUUUUACCACCACAGCGAGCUUUUGCGGCCGAGAAUUAUAGAGCUUUACGAACAGGAGUCCAACUCUUUCAGUGCCGAAGUUCAGCAGCGGUCAUUGGAGUACCUGAAACUGACAUCAGGAACCAACCAGACGCUGCUGAGCUUGGUGGUCGUGGAGAUGCCACCGUUCCAGUCCAACAUUUCUCCUUUGAUUCCGCGUCUUGGAAACGUGAGCCAGUUGCAGCAGAGUUUCCAGCUCAGUCUGCCACAGGCGAUGGCCUCGAGCUCCUCGCUGGAGCGCCCAAGAUCUCCGACCAAGAAAGUGCCUCCUCCGCGUCCAAGAAGUCGCAAGAACACAGGAUCUGUGGCUUCUCCUGCAGUGACGAGUUUCCCGACCGGAGCGUCCAUGGAUUCGUCCCAAGCGUUUUCCCAGUUCUCCCAUUCGUCGACCAUCGACUCAACUCUCAGCGCAAGCUGGAAAGAAGGUUAUUACCGCCAAUUGCAUUACGACCAGGGUAUUUUCUACGAGGACACCAUCUUCAAGAUCGUGUACCGGAUGAAGCGAGACCGCGCGGUGUUACACUUUGAUCUGACGUACAGCAACAAGUCUGCUGCUCCGAUAUCGGGUCUCACGUGCAGCGUAGUGUCGAACAUUGUCGACUCGAGCGACCCGGGCUACAUUGUCAACAUAUUACAGCAUCCAGAGUCGGGCAUUGCUCCGGGAGCCAAGUCUGUGCAGAAGUUCGACAUCACGGUCCGGAAGCCGUACUUGGACUCGGAGGUGCCGACGUUGAACAUCUCGUUCAUGUGCGGAGGGUACAGCGAACAUAAGCUGCGACUGGCUGCUGUUUUGGGCAAGAUUCUGACUCGCGGGUCUCCGUUGACCAAAGAAACGUUUUUCGCAAGAUGGAGCCAGGUUGCCAAUCUGUCUGGGUCCGAGUCGCAGAAAGUGGUGAAGCUCAAGACGUGCACGUCUACAGCGAUAAUCGGCCGCGCAGUCCAGCUGUUUGGGUUCAACGUGCUUCCGGGAAUCGACCCCAAUGCCAACAACAUAGUCUGUGCCGGUAUACUGAGCAUGGCUGCUGGCGGAGCCGGGUGUUUGUGUCGAAUCGAGACCAAUCCGCAAGAUUCAAGACUGUUUCGUGUCACCAUGAGAUGUACCAUGGCCGGACUGGCAGAUAUUCUUGUUGGGACCCUGGUGGAUCUGCUAAAUAAUAUCUAA